AUGGCUUCCUCCCCACUUCAGAAAACUUUUGAUGCUACCUCUCGAUUAACGAUGAAAGAACAAACACCCGAUGAGAUGUAUGGCAUACCGGAGAAUUCACUUGAAAUUGAAGUGCGAAAUCCCCAAACUCAUGCUAUACCUACACUCGCAAAUACUACAGGUUUUGGUCGUAAGAUGUAUACAGACUAUGAAAUAGUGUGCAAGACCAAUAUACCAGCUUUUAAGCUUAAAUAUUCUAAAGUCAGGAGACGAUAUAGUGAUUUCGAAUGGUUCCGAGAUGUUCUCGAAAGGGAAUCAUCCAGAGUGAAUAUACCUCCUCUUCCUGGCAAAGUAUUUACCAAUCGAUUCUCUGAUGAAGUUAUUGAAGCUCGCCGAGAAGGGCUCGAGAGAUUCUUACAAAUAGUUGCUGGCCAUCCGCUUGUACAAACUGGAAGUAAAGUUCUUUCGGCGUUUAUUCAAGAUCCCAAGUUUAGCCGUGAAAAUUAUAACUACUAA